UUGAUUGCGUAGUGACGCCAUGGAAGCAGCAGCGGUUCACUGAUAGUGGUUUAUUCUGCCUCCUUUUCCAAGUUUGCAAACCCUAGUUUUCAUCUCUCUCUCUUAUAUAUAUCAUAUUCUCUCCACCUUACUUGGUUUCUCUUCUCUUCUCUUCUCUUCUCUUCUACUUGGAAGAAGAGAUAAUAAUAAAAAGUAGUCAAUCUUUUACUCAAAAGUUUCGAUUUUUGACAUCUGUGGGUUAUUUAUUUUACCUCUGUUUUUAUCUUUCUUCCAGAACUCCUCUGAAUCUUGUACGUCACUAAAGGGUGGGUUUUGUCUCACUCAUCGUUGGCCAGUGAUUCUGUUUUCCGAAAUUCGCUAAAGAUAAGACAGGAAUUAUGAGUGGAGCUGUGCUUGUUGCCGUUGCUGCCGCUGUUGGCAACUUGUUACAAGGAUGGGAUAACGCCACAAUUGCAGGAGCUGUGUUGUACAUAAAAAAGGAGUUUAAUUUGGAGAGUAAUCCAUCAGUGGAAGGUCUAAUUGUGGCGAUGUCACUUAUUGGUGCUACUCUGAUUACAACAUGCUCCGGAGGUGUAGCUGAUUUGCUUGGUCGCCGUCCCAUGCUAAUAUUGUCCUCAUUUCUCUACUUUGUUGGUUCUCUAGUGAUGCUAUGGUCUCCCAACGUUUAUGUUCUGCUCUUAGGAAGGUUGUUAGAUGGAUUUGGGGUUGGUAUUGUGGUCACACUUGUUCCUAUUUAUAUAUCCGAGACUGCACCUCCUGAGAUAAGGGGUCUCUUGAAUACGCUUCCGCAGUUCACUGGCUCUGGAGGGAUGUUCUUAUCUUACUGUAUGGUAUUCGGGAUGUCGUUGAUGCCAUCUCCUAACUGGAGGUUGAUGCUUGGUGUCCUUUUCAUCCCUUCCCUUAUCUUUUUCUUCCUCACAGUCUUCUUCUUGCCUGAGUCUCCAAGGUGGCUCGUAAGCAAAGGCCGAAUGCUUGAAGCAAAGCGCGUACUGCAGAGACUACGUGGUCGGGAAGAUGUGUCUGGUGAGAUGGCUUUGUUGGUUGAGGGUCUUGGAGUUGGAGGUGAAACAACCAUAGAGGAAUAUAUAAUCGGUCCUGCCGAUGAAGUCACUGAUGAUCAUGAUAUAGCUGUAGAUAAAGAUCAAAUUAAGUUGUAUGGUGCAGAAGAAGGGCUGAGUUGGGUUGCUAGGCCAGUCAAAGGAGGAAGCACUGUGAGUGUUUUGUCUCGCCAUGGAAGCACAAUGAGCAAGAGGCAAGGCUCAUUGAUUGAUCCUCUUGUCACACUGUUUGGGAGCGUUCAUGAGAAGAUGCCCGAAACUGGAAGCAUGAGGAGUGCCUUGUUCCCUCAUUUUGGGAGUAUGUUCAGUGUGGGAGGGAUCCAACAAAGACAUGAAGAUUGGGAUGAAGAGAAUCUUGUUGGAGAAGGUGAGGAUUAUCCAUCCGACCAUGGAGAUGAUUCUGAUGAUGAACUUCAUUCUCCGUUGAUCUCACGUCAAACGACAAGCAUGGAGAAAGACAUGCCUCACACUGCUCAUGGUACUCUUUCUACCUUCAGACAUGGAAGUCAAGUGCAGGGAGCUCAAGGGGAAGGAGCGAGUAGUAUGGGGAUUGGAGGUGGAUGGCAAGUGGCAUGGAAAUGGACUGAAAGAGAAGAUGAAUCAGGGGAGAAAGAAGGUGGAUUUAAGCGGAUAUACUUGCAUCAAGAAGGUUUCCCAGGAUCUCGACGUGGCUCAAUUGUUUCAUUACCUGGAGGUGGUGCAACUGGUGACUCAGAGUUUGUACAAGCAUCUGCUUUGGUUAGCCAACCAGCUCUUUAUUCCAAAGACCUUCUCAGAGAACACACAAUUGGUCCUGCUAUGGUACAUCCAUCGGAAACAGCUAAAGGGUCAAUUUGGCAUGAUCUUCAAGAUCCUGGAGUCAAACGUGCGUUAAUCGUAGGAGUCGGACUUCAAAUACUUCAGCAGUUCUCAGGCAUCAAUGGAGUUCUAUACUACACACCUCAAAUCCUCGAGCAGGCGGGUGUUGGGAUUCUACUAUCAAACUUGGGGAUUAGUUCUUCUUCUGCAUCCUUACUUAUAAGUGCAUUGACAACCUUUGUGAUGUUACCUGCGAUAGCUGUUGCAAUGAGGCUCAUGGAUCUAUCUGGUCGAAGGACCUUGCUUCUCACCACGAUACCGAUCUUGAUAGCAUCUCUGUUGGUAUUAGUAAUCUCGAAUAUAGUUCACAUGAACAGCAUUGUGCACGCGGUCUUAUCAACCGUAAGUGUCGUGCUUUACUUUUGUUUCUUCGUGAUGGGUUUUGGUCCGGCUCCAAACAUCCUCUGCUCAGAGAUCUUUCCAACUCGAGUCCGCGGAAUCUGCAUCGCCAUUUGCGCACUCACCUUCUGGAUAUGCGACAUUAUCGUCACUUACAGUCUCCCAGUGCUGCUAAAAUCCGUUGGACUUGCUGGUGUGUUUGGAAUGUACGCAAUCGUCUGUUGCAUCUCAUGGGUCUUUGUGUUCAUUAAAGUCCCCGAAACUAAAGGCAUGCCACUUGAAGUCAUCACUGAGUUCUUCUCUCUUGGAGCUAGACAAGCUGAAGCUGCUAAACACGACUGAGAGACUAGAAGACUUGAGAUCAAGUUUGUGUAAUGUUUUCCAUCUCCAUGUGGAUUUGUUGUUGUCUUUUUACUUUGUGCAGUAAUAAUUAUCUCUCUCUCUCUCUAUGUUUCUUCUUCCUCAUGUGGGGAGAACAAAAGAAGUUUCAAACUCUCUUUUAUUAUCAUCAUUUUACCAUUUGCAGAAUCUA